GGUGUCCUCCGUUCAGGCCAUUAUGGCAUCCUCUGCCGGGUACAUCAUCGCCUGUUCAUGUGAAGACAUCAUUGAGGACCAGCAUUGGCUUACCAGCAGCUAUAUCCUCUUUGCUGUCCCCUACUUCGUCUAUGACAUCUAUGCCAUGUUCUUGUGCCACUGGUACAAACUUCAGGUCAAAGAUCAUGAGGAGGAGAGCGAAGCCAAACCGAUGAGGUCUGCCAUCCUCGGCUAUCUGCGCCGAGAGUUCCUUAUGGUCUUGCACCAUGUCGUCAUGGUCACUGUCUGUUUCCCUGUCUCUGUGUUCUGGAGACAGGGAAAAGGGGAUUAUUUCCAGGGUGUGAUGUUCCUGGCAGAACUCAGCACCCCAUCUGUCUGUCUUGGAAAAAUACUCAUCCAGUACAAGCAACAGCACACUCUCCUACAUAAAGUCAAUGGAGCUCUUAUGCUGGUCACUUUCUUCAUCUGCAGAGUUCUUCUCUUCCCCUACCUCUACUACGCCUACGGCAGGUAUGCCUCCAUCCCCUUUUACAUGGUGCCGCUGUCUGUGCCCUGGCAGUUUAACGCAGGUGCAGCUUUGCUCAUGGCCCCACAAGUCUACUGGUUUUCCCUCAUCUGCAGGGGCGCCUUCCGUCUCUUCACCAGAGCCUCACGGCACAAAGCUGCUCCUAGCGGCACAGACUCUGAACCGAAAACCUCACUCCUGCCCCCUGCCAACGGAUACAGCCCUAGAGAGACCGACUCGCACUGAGAGAGGAAUAGAGAUAGAGAUGUAGGUACAAGGUUGCUAGGUUUAGACCAAACAGGAAACCGAAGGCAGACUGACUUAUUACAAUGGCUGGUUCUACCUUAGACCCAGUGGCGUGGGAUAGCAAACAAAGAAACUGAAGGUCUGUACCCUCGCUAUUCACCAUCAUCCUCUCAUUGAGAAGAAAAAUAAGACUGCAGACCAAACCAAACAGAUUGUUUUCCCCCUAACAUGCACAUUCUCUAUGUUGGAGCAGUAGGUCGGGAAAAUGUCAUCUGCUG